UUUUCGGCCACUGUUAACCCCAGAGAGAAAGCGGCGGGAGGGAGAAGCUCCGCCAGACCAACUCUUGUCAUUUCCAGUCAGAAGUUGCAGACUUCAUGUAGCUGCCUCCGCUCAGCUGAGAGAGGGAUGGGAACCGUGUGCAGUGCGGAGCGGAAAAUACCCCCGCUCUAAAGAAGUGCACCGGAUUUUUGCUUGCUGUUUUGUUUGGGUUGUUGCGCGUACGUUAAACACCCGAAGGAUCGCCGCCGGAGAGAAAUGAAACGUGGAGAGGAUGACUAACGACAGAACUGUGAAUUUGUUCCCUGGAGUUGCUAAUUUGCCACCCCGAAGCAACACAUAUCUCAAGGAGGAAGCGUUUGGCUGCUGCUGAUUUCUCCAAAUCUGGUGGUUUACCAGAUGCAUUGUGCUGUAUCUGCUGGAACAGAUCACUGCUUAGCUGCAGCAGAUCGUCAAAGGUAGACAACCAACUGCUGUCUCCAAAUAAGAAAUGAGAUGUAAUGCAUCCUGCAGUCCAUGCAUGCCUCCUCUUGCAAAUCGCGCAUCGUUCCUUUCUGGAAACCUUUAAGUCCUAAAAUCUGUGCAAAGAGAAUUAAAACAUUAUCAUGGACCUGAGGGAUUUUUACCUGUUGGCUGCUUUGAUUGCCUGUUUAAGGCUGGAUUCUGCUGUAGCUCAAGAACUUAUUUACACUAUUAGAGAGGAGCUGCCUGAAAACGUACCCAUAGGGAACAUACCAAAGGACCUGAACAUUUCUCACAUCAGUGCUGCCACGGGGACCAGUGCCAGCCUUGUCUACAGACUGGUGUCUAAAGCAGGGGAUGCCCCUCUGGUCAAAGUGUCCAGUAACACUGGGGAAAUCUUUACAACAUCCAACAGAAUAGACAGAGAAAAACUAUGCGCUGGAGCUUCCUAUGCAGAAGAAAAUGAGUGUUUCUUUGAACUUGAAGUGGUGAUUCUCCCCAAUGACUUUUUUAGGCUGAUCAAAAUAAAAAUAAUUGUAAAGGAUACUAAUGACAAUGCACCUAUGUUUCCAUCCCCUGUCAUCAAUAUCUCCAUCCCAGAAAACACUUUGAUCAACAGUCGCUUUCCAAUUCCAUCAGCAACAGAUCCUGACACAGGUUUCAACGGUGUGCAGCAUUACGAGUUGCUAAAUGGGCAGAGUGUCUUUGGACUGGAUAUUGUAGAAACUCCAGAAGGAGAGAAAUGGCCUCAGUUGAUUGUUCAGCAGAACUUGGACAGAGAGCAAAAGGAUACCUACGUGAUGAAAAUAAAAGUGGAGGAUGGAGGUACCCCCCAGAAAUCCAGCACAGCCAUCCUGCAAGUCACAGUAAGUGAUGUCAAUGAUAACAGGCCAGUGUUUAAAGAGAGCCAAGUGGAGGUCCAUAUACCAGAGAAUGCCCCUGUAGGCACUUCAGUAAUUCAGCUUCAUGCUACAGAUGCAGAUAUAGGAAGCAAUGCAGAAAUCAGAUAUAUUUUUGGUGCCCAAGUUGCCCCUGCAACCAAAAGAUUUUUUGCUUUAAACAACACCACAGGUCUGAUUACAGUUCAGAGGUCCUUAGAUCGAGAAGAAACUGCUAUUCACAAAGUGACAGUGCUGGCUAGUGAUGGUAGCUCUACACCAGCCAGGGCAACUGUUACCAUCAAUGUCACUGAUGUAAAUGAUAACCCUCCUAAUAUAGACCUCAGGUACAUAAUAAGUCCCAUCAAUGGCACAGUGUACUUAUCUGAGAAAGAUCCUGUCAAUACAAAGAUUGCCCUAAUUACGGUUUCAGAUAAGGACACUGAUGUGAAUGGCAAAGUGAUCUGUUUCAUUGAGAGAGAGGUCCCCUUCCACUUGAAGGCAGUUUACGACAACCAGUAUUUGUUAGAGACCUCUUCCUUGUUGGACUAUGAGGGCACCAAAGAAUUCAGCUUUAAAAUUGUUGCCUCUGAUUCUGGCAAGCCCAGUUUGAACCAGACUGCCCUGGUAAGAGUUAAACUGGAGGAUGAAAAUGACAACCCUCCAAUUUUCAGCCAGCCUGUAAUUGAGCUGUCAGUUUCUGAAAACAACCGUCGUGGUCUAUACUUAACAACUAUUAGUGCCACAGAUGAAGACAGUGGGAAAAAUGCAGACAUUGUUUAUCAGCUUGGCCCUAAUGCCUCCUUUUUCGAUCUGGAUCGAAAGACAGGAGUUUUGACAGCCUCCAGAGUUUUUGACAGAGAAGAGCAGGAACGUUUCAUUUUCACUGUUACAGCCCGAGACAAUGGCACUCCUCCUUUGCAGAGUCAAGCAGCUGUAAUUGUUACCGUGUUGGAUGAAAAUGACAACAGUCCCAAAUUCACUCAUAAUCACUUUCAGUUUUUUGUCUCUGAGAACUUACCAAAGUAUAGCACAGUGGGGGUGAUCACGGUGACCGAUGCGGAUGCUGGGGAAAAUAAAGCAGUGACCCUUUCCAUCCUGAAUGACAAUGAAAACUUUGUGCUGGAUCCAUACUCUGGAGUUAUAAAGUCCAAUGUUUCUUUCGAUCGAGAACAGCAGAGCUCCUACACCUUUGAUGUUAAGGCAGUGGAUGGAGGGCAACCUCCUCGCUCUUCUACAGCAAAAGUCACCAUAAAUGUCAUGGAUGUUAACGAUAACAGCCCUGUUGUCAUCUAUCCACCUUCUAAUACUUCUUUUAAGCUAGUGCCACUCUCAGCAAUUCCAGGGUCGGUGGUAGCCGAAGUCUUUGCUGUGGAUAUAGACACUGGCAUGAACGCUGAGCUGAAGUACACAAUUGUCAGUGGAAAUAACAAGGGGUUGUUCCGUAUUGACCCAGUGACAGGUAAUAUCACUCUGGAAGAAAAACCGACUCCUAACGAUGUGGGGCUGCAUCGCUUAGUUGUCAACAUAAGUGAUUUGGGUUAUCCCAAAUCUCUGCAUACUCUUGUACUUGUAUUUUUGUAUGUAAAUGAUACUGCUGGAAAUGCCUCUUACAUUUAUGACUUGAUACGCAGGACUAUGGAAACACCUUUGGACCGGAACAUAGGGGACAGUAGCCAACCCUAUCAAAAUGAGGACUAUCUCACCAUCAUGAUUGCUAUUGUGGCAGGUGCCAUGGUUGUCAUAGUGGUGAUAUUUGUUACAGUUCUUGUCCGUUGUCGGCAUGCAUCCAGAUUCAAAGCUGCCCAGAGGAGCAAGCAAGGUGCUGAGUGGAUGUCUCCCAAUCAGGAGAAUAAGCAAAACAAGAAAAAGAAAAGGAAGAAAAGGAAAUCUCCAAAGAGUUCUCUUUUGAACUUUGUGACCAUUGAGGAGUCCAAACCUGAUGAUGCAGUUCAUGAACCUAUCAACGGGACAAUAAGCCUUCCAGCAGAGCUGGAGGAGCAAAGUAUAGGAAGAUUUGACUGGGGCACAGCACCACCAACAACCUUCAAGCCUAACAGUCCUGAUCUUGCCAAGCAUUACAAAUCUGCCUCUCCGCAGUCUGCUUUUCAUCUCAAACCUGACACUCCAGUUUCAGUGAAAAAACACCAUGUGAUUCAGGAACUCCCAUUGGACAACACCUUUGUUGGUGGUUGUGACACCCUUUCCAAACGCUCUUCCACUAGUUCAGAUCACUUCAGUGCCUCAGAGUGCAGUUCCCAAGGAGGCUUCAAGACAAAGGGCCCCUUACACACCAGACAGUCCCAGCGCCGUGUUACAUUUCACCUCCCUGAUGGCUCCCAGGAAAGCUGCAGUGAUAGUGGUCUGGGAGACCACGAGCCAGUGGGUGGUGGAACCCUGAUCUCACACCCUCUUCCUCUGGUUCAGCCGCAGGACGAAUUCUACGACCAGGCUUCACCGGACAAGAGGACUGAAGCUGAUGGCAACUCUGACCCCAACUCCGAUGGGCCUCUUGGGCCACGAGGAUUAGCUGAAGCUACGGAGAUGUGUACUCAAGAAUGCCUGGUUUUGGGUCACUCAGACAACUGUUGGAUGCCUCCCAGCCUGGGCCCGUACCAACAGCCAAAGUCUCCUCUCUCCACCUUUGCAUCUCAGAAAGAAUGGGUUAAGAAGGACAAACUAGUUAAUGGACACACAUUGACCAGGACCUGGAAAGAAGAUAGCAACAGAAACCAGUUCAGUGACCGAAAGCAGUAUGGUUCCAGUGAAGGCCAUUUCAACACUGGCAGCCACAUCACUGACAUUCCUCUGGCCAACUUGAAGUCUUAUAAACAGGCCUCAGGAGCUGUGGAGAGUCCAAAGGAGCACCAGCUAUAAGAAAAUGGUUACUUUGGGCCAAUGGCUUUAGCCUACUUAGACUUGCUAAUGCUGUGUGUGUGUCAGAGCUUUAUGUAUUGGGUAGACCUCUAGAACUAUGCUUCACCUAGCAGAGAUACGCAUAUCUUUAUAUUAGCACCGUGGAAGGUAUGAUGUCCUGCAACAUGAAAGAGUGUUUAUACUAGUUGUGUGUUUUUGUUAAAUAGACAUGAUCAAAAAUCUGCAGAGAUCUCUCCAGUUUGCAAAUAUCCUUUUCUUUCUUUCUUUCUUUUUUUGACCCUGGACUGCUGCUACGAACAACAGAAGAUGCAUUUGGAGAGUGAGGAAGCGAGAAAGUUCAGUGGAUUGCAGUGAUUGAAAAGCAUAUCCAGUUAGACAAAAAAAAUGUGCUUUUGUUGUCCUUGAUCUAUGCUGGACCAUUAUACUUGAGAUCAUAUUGCAAACAAAACAACUGAAACUGUACACAUUAAACCUAUUAAACCUACUGCGCUAUUAACAAUAUUAGUGGACACUUAGAACUCAAUUGGUGUUUUCAACUACUUGUAAAUAGGAACAAUUAUUACUUACAAUUUUUGUGUACUUAUAGCGUUCACUUGAAAAAGAUACUGUAUCAUAUUUCUGUGCUUCACAGCUGCUUUUUGCUUUCUUUCAUUUGCUUCCCGUUGUUUUGCUUUGAUUUCUAGUGGAUGGUGUUUAUGUGUUAGUAGUCUGUCUGAGACACAAUGUUCCAAGGAACCCAACCCUUUGUGUUAAAAGUGAAAAAAGGGAGUGAUGGGGUGGGAGGGAAGGUUGGUUGUAGAAGGGGAAAAAACAAGAAAUGUUUCUCUUUAUUAUGUAGCAAACGAUACCAGCAUUCAGGUAGAAUUUCUUCUUUCUUUUUGUUCUUUUAUUUUGUAAUACUAAAAAAAAAUAAUUAAAGGAUGUGUGUAAAUGUAUCAAAUUCUUAAAGAAAAAAAAAAUAAGAGCCAAACAAAAAGGAAAAAAAAAUCCAAAGGCAAAACAACUUCCAUCGUGUUUCAUAAACCAGGGAAACUGCAAAACAAGAAGCAGGAUAUUUAAAUAUGUGAGAGGGAAAACUGUUUGCUUGGAAUUCAGAAUUCUUGAUCAAAUUAGCUGCAACAUCUCAUUCGAUGAGUGGCAACUGAUGUAGUUCUGAGCUGGAAUGUGUGGAGGAAAUUCUACAGAAGCAAAAUACAGUAAUCAUUUUCUUUUCCAGUUGGGCGGAUGUGUGUCUAUACCUGAGACAGUUUUGUAUUGCUGAAACAGCAACAUUUGUGUUGAUCUUCAUCUGCAUUAAUGUUGUAGUAACACAAGUGUUUUUAGACCAUAGCCACAGAAUGUGUUGUGCCUUCAUGAUGUAACAAAGCAUUCUCCUGGUAGGCUAGUUGGGGAAUUAAGGGGUUAAAUCUCUAAUUAUUGCUGUUUAACUGUUUGUUAUCAUAGUUGGUCAAUGCCUGGCAGGUACCAGUAUCAUGUCAACUCAAUCAAACCAACAGAGUGACUCCUAAUGUUAGUAAGAUCUAGGUUGCACGCAAAGCAAAUCCAAAUCCAGACAUUUUUAGAUGGUUUUUGUUAAGGCAUGACAGAUAAUUUACACAAAUAAAUAGCAUGCAAUAAUAAUAAUAAUAAUUUAAAAAAAAAAAGUUAAAAAACCCAAGUCCUUACAGAAAAAAAAAAGGAAAAUUUACAUAUGCCACAGUGAAACAUCAGUCUUAAAGUAACAAACUUAGCUAAUCUGAAGGUGAUUUUAUUCUUACCAAAAACACAAACUCUUUUUAUUCUUCUUUAUUCUUUUGUAUAUAGCAGUUCACCUUUUUUAUUUUUUUAAUCUGAUAUUUUUCCCUCCACAGUACAAAAGGCAUAAAAAUGGGUUAGGGGUGCAUUGCUUAUUGCAGUACUUAUGUCAGUUUGUGAGGGGUGUUUGAUGACUUUGACAGAAUAAAUAUCUAUCUAACCAGUUAUCCUUGUUGCUGCUUUGCCAGUUCAACAUUAUUUAGUUAUCCAGCUCUUGCAAUAAAUGUUCUGAAUUCCUGAUUGUGUUGUGUUAGUUCUUGGUGAGAUGCCUGAGGGACGUUAUUCCUAUGCCUCCCUUCCUGCCUUCCAAACUCCUUCCUUCCUUCCUGCCAUCCUGCCUUCCUGCCUUCCAAACUCCUUCCUUCCUUCCUGCCAUCCUGCCUUCCAAACUCCUUCCUUCCUGCCUUCCAAACUCCUUCCUUCCUUCCUACCAUCCUGCCUUCCAAACUCCUUCCUUCCUGCCUUCCAAACUCCUUCCUUCCUGCCUUCCAGACUCCUUCCUUCCUUCCUACCAUCCUGCCUUCCAAACUCCUUCCUUCCUGCCUUCCUUUCUUCCUGCCAUCCUGCCUUCCUGCCUUCCAAACGCCUUCCUUCCUACCUACCAUCCUGCCUUCCAAACUCCUUCCUUCCUGCCUUCCUUUCUUCCUGCCAUCCUGCCUUCCUGCCUUCCAGACUCCUUCCUUCCUUCCUACCAUCCUGCCUUCCAAACUCCUUCCUUUCUUCCUGCCAUCCUGCCUUCCUUGUUUCUUCCUUCUUCCUUCCCUCCCUCCCUCCCUCCCUCUUCAUCUCUUGCCUUCCUUCCUUCCUUCCUUCCUUCCUUCCUUCCUUCCUUCCUUCCUUCCUUCCUUCCUUCCUUCCUUCCUUCCUUCCCUCCCUCCCUCUUCAUCUGUUGCUCUCCUCCCUUCCUUUCCUUCCUUCCUGCUGUUGUUUGGUUUGUUUCUUUGUUUCAUUAUGAAUUUCUAGUUAUUUUUCCAAGCAUCUCAUGGUCCAUUUAUUUCAUAUAUAUAUAUAUAUAUAUGUGUGUGUAAGAAUUGAAUAUACAACAAAUAAUAAAUCCUGAGGGCCAAA